UGUCUCAGAGACCUUUGGACUCUGCCCGGGGCAGGCUCAUAGCGCAUGCCAAGCUACAAGGAGCCUGCACAGGUUGCCGGAGACAGCCCAAGGUUCCUCUGCCCACCGUGGCUCCCAGAAACUUCUGAAACAAAGGACCAGAGGAGAACUCUCCACCCAACAGCCGGACACAUCCUCCCCAUUGCCAGCCCCAUCUCUGUCUGCCGCUGCCCAGAAAAGGCCUGGAAGACGAGACAAGAGGAACAGCCCUGCCCUCUCAACCAGCCCUGCGACUCUCUCAGCGCUGGCAUCUGGAGACCCCAUGGCCCGGGCUCACUGGGGUUGCUGCCCCUGGCUUGUCCUCCUCUAUGCUUGUGUCUGGUGCCACCCAAAGCCAGGGGACCUUGGAAGAGAAGAUGUGAGAAACUGUUCAGCCAAUCCUCAGCACCUUCCAGUCACUGUGGUCAAUACCACAGUGAGGCUCUUAGCCCUCCGCCAGCAGAUGGAGGCCUGGAAUCUCUCUGCCUACAUCAUCCCGGACACGGAUGCCCACCAGAAUGAAUACAUCGGAAAACAGGACGAGAGGCGGGCAUGGAUGACAGGCUUCACAGGGACUGCAGGUACUGCAGUAGUGACCAUGGCGAAAGCAGCUGUCUGGACUGACAGCCGCUACUGGACUCAGGCAGAACGGGAGAUGGACUGCAACUGGGAUCUCCAUAAAGAAGUUGGUAUCAGUCCUAUUGUCACCUGGCUCCUAGCUGAGAUUCCUGCUGGAGGGCGUGUGGGCUUCGACCCCUUCCUCGUCUCUUUUGGCUCCUGGAACAAUUAUGACACAAACCUCCAGGGCUCCAAUCUACAGCUGGUGUCCAUCACAACCAACCUUGUAGACCUGGUGUGGGGCUCAGAGAGGCCCUCGGUGCCAAGUGAACCCAUUUAUGCCCUGGAACAGGCAUUCACAGGGAGCACUUGGCAGGAGAAAGUAUCCAACAUCCGAAGCCAGAUGAAGGAGCAUAGAAAGGCCCCGACUGCUGUCCUUCUGACGGCGCUUGAUGAGACGGCCUGGCUCUUCAACCUUCGCAGCAGUGACAUCUCCUAUAACCCCUUCUUCUAUUCCUAUACACUGCUCACGGACUCUUCCAUCAGGCUGUUUGCAAACAAGAGUCGUUUUAGUCCUGAGACCCUGCAGUACCUGAACUCUGGCUGCACGGGGCCCAUGUGUGUACAACUUGAGGACUACAGCCAAGUCCGUGACAGCGUCCAGGCCUAUGUCUCAGGAGACGUGCGGGUCUGGAUUGGGACCCAAUACACCAUGUAUGGGCUGUAUGAAGUGAUACCCAAGGAGAAACUUGUGGCGGAUACCUACUCCCCAGUGAUGAUAACCAAGGCGGUGAAGAACAGCAAGGAGCAGGCCCUCCUCAAGGCCAGCCAUGUGCGGGACGCUGUGGCUGUGAUCCGGUACUUGGUCUGGCUGGAGAAGAACGUGCCCAAAGGCACAGUGGACGAGUUCUCAGGGGCAGAGUUCGUGGACCAGUUACGAGGAAAAGAAGACUUCUUUUCUGGACCCAGUUUCGAGACCAUCUCUGCUAGUGGCCUGAAUGCUGCCCUCGCCCACUACAGCCCGACCAAGGAGUUGAACCGCAAACUGUCCUCAGAUGAGAUGUACCUGGUGGAUUCUGGAGGGCAAUACUGGGACGGAACCACAGACAUCACCAGAACAGUCCACUGGGGUACCCCCUCUGCCUUCCAAAAGGAGGCAUAUACCCGCGUGUUGAUGGGAAACAUUGAUCUGUCCAGACUCAUCUUUCCUGCUGCUACAUCAGGGCGUGUGGUGGAAGCUUUUGCCCGCAAAGCCUUGUGGGAUGUUGGGCUCAAUUAUGGCCAUGGAACAGGCCACGGCAUCGGCAACUUCCUAUGUGUGCAUGAGUGGCCAGUGGGAUUCCAGAGCAACAACAUUGCCAUGGCCAAAGGCAUGUUCACUUCCAUCGAACCUGGCUACUAUCAGGAUGGAGAAUUUGGGAUCCGUAUUGAAGAUGUGGCCCUUGUGGUGGAAGCAAAGACCAAGUACCCAGGGACCUACCUGACCUUUGAAGUGGUGUCCUUUGUGCCCUAUGACCGGAACCUCAUCGAUGUCAGCCUACUCUCUCCUGACCAGCUCCAAUACCUGAAUCAAUACUACCAGGCCAUCCGAGAGAAGAUAGGCCCAGAGCUGCAGCAACGCCAGUUGUUGGAGGAGUUCGAGUGGCUGCAGCGACACACAGAGCCCCUGUCUGCCGGGGCUCCACACACAGCCUCCUUGGUCUCUGUGCUGGUAGCUUCUACUCUUGCCAUUCUCAGCUGGAGUAGCUAGAGGCUCCCGAUUCCCUGCUGACACUCCACCUGGACGUAAGACUCACUCACUCAGCUCCCCUCUGCCUGAACCAUGCAUCAUGCCCUGAAAGCCCCUGCCAGCCCACAACUGGAAGCCAUUGCCCUCCGCUUGCUCCAGACCAGGCCCCAAGCAGCACAUCCCCUCCCCAGGAUCUGUAGGCCUGACGCUGGACUCCCAACCCUAGGCCUGGAAUAGCAGAGCCGGCCAGUCCUCUCCUCUUGUAAGCACAGCUGCUGUGCCUCUGCACAAAUAAAAGACCAAAAGGGCAACGCUUCUA